AACACCAUGGCCAUCGAAAUGCAACAAAUCAUCGAGUUGAUCCUUGCGAUCUUCCUUCCACCACUCGCCAUCUUCAUCCACGGAAACGACUGCAACAUGCACGUCGCUGUGAACAUCAUCCUGUGCUUCUUCUUCUUCGUGCCAGCCGUCAUCCACGCUCUCUGGUACUGCUUCUUCAGAGCUUAGAUCAAUCGCCCCUCGCGAAGAUCACUGCCAUGCCGAUAAUCAACGCACCAAAAAAAAAUCACAUGCAUAUUGUAUCUGCGCCCGCAUUCACCAUUUUUCAAAGUUGCCUUAAGUUACAAUUUUUCUCCCCUCGAAUUUUAUGAAUGGCGUUUUUUUCAUUGCUUCUGUUUUCCUAUGAUUCUUGUUAAAAUUGAAAACUGUUCAAAAUAAACAACAAUAAAUAAAUAAAAAAUCAA